GACAUCAUCGGCUCAGUAUAGUUCAGCAUCCUUCCUGUAGGCAGCAGCAGGCAGUCAACAGAACAGAGACAUUUUGUCUUCUAGGUAGUGGUGGAGCAUACAACGCAAACCCUCCCUGGACCCCAGGCUAUAGCAGGGUAUCUAGGCUAUACUAGAAUAUACCCUCUACCGGUGGUGUUAUAUCUGCCUUGUGUCUUCUUCCUGCUCUGAGGGAGGGGAGAAGAGAAGGGAGGUGGGCUGCCAGCUGGUCUGUGACAGUCAGACAGAGAGAGAGACAGAGCCGGAGGAGAGGAGACUGGAGGCUGUGAAAACAAGACGAGAGAGAGAGAAAGAGAGAGAAAAAGAGAGAGAGAGAGAGAGAGAGAGGGAAACAGAGAGAGAGAGAGAGAGAAGGAGAGAGAGAGAGAGAGAGACAGAGCCGGAGGAGAGGAGACUGGAGGCUGUGGAAACAAGACGAGAGAUAGAGGAACUGGAAUUGGGAGAAAGACGAUUAACAGAGGAGGAGACCAGAGCAAACAAGCUUCUUAAACCGGACGGGGCAUUAAAGAGGUGUUGCUAUCCAUCUCCCAGGCCCUGUGUUUGGGCCCGUUUUGAGAGGCGAUCCGAGCAGGCUGGUCCCAGGCAGGAGGCACCAUGUCCGGGGCCUCUGUGAAGGUGGCGGUGCGGGUCCGCCCCUUCAACUCCAGAGAGAUGGGGAAGGACAGCAAAUGCAUCAUCCAGAUGUCGGGAAACACAACCACCAUCCUCAACCCCAAGCAGCCCAAAGAGAACAAGAGCUUCAACUUUGAUUACUCGUACUGGUCACAUACCUCGCCCGAGGACAUCAACUUUGCUGGCCAGCAGCAGGUGUACAAGGACAUUGGUGAGGAGAUGCUGCUCCAUGCCUUCGAGGGAUACAACGUCUGUAUCUUUGCCUAUGGCCAGACCGGCUCUGGGAAGUCCUACACCAUGAUGGGCAAGCCGGACUUGAAGGACCAGGAAGGAAUUAUCCCUCUGAUGUGUGAAGACCUCUUCACCAAGUUCAACGACAGUAAUAACGACAAUAGCAAGUCAUACUCUGUGGAGGUGAGCUACAUGGAGAUCUACUGUGAGCGUGUGCGUGACCUCCUGAACCCUAAGAACAAGGGGAACCUGCGUGUGAGAGAGCACCCCCUGAUGGGGCCCUACGUAGAGGACCUGUCCAAGCUUGCCGUCACCUCCUACAACGACAUCCAGGACCUCAUGGACUCUGGAAACAAGGCCAGGACGGUUGCCGCCACCAACAUGAACGAGACUAGCAGUCGCUCCCACGCUGUGUUCAACAUCAUCUUCACUCAGAAACGACAUGAUGCUGAGACUGAUAACACCUCUGAGAAGGUCAGCAAAAUCAGCCUGGUGGAUUUGGCCGGCAGCGAGAGGGCAGACUCCACAGGCGCCAAGGGGACCCGGCUCAAGGAAGGAGCAAACAUCAACAAAUCUCUGACCACUCUGGGGAAAGUCAUCUCUGCCUUGGCCGAAGUGGAUUCUGCACAAAAUAAGAACAAGAAGAAAAAGAAAGUGGAGAGUCACAUCCCUUACAGAGACUCUGUGUUGACCUGGCUACUGAGAGAGAACUUAGGGGGAAACUCUCGAACUGCCAUGGUUGCUGCUCUCAGUCCAGCUGACAUCAACUAUGACGAGACUCUCAGCACACUCAGGUAUGCAGAUAGAGCCAAACAGAUCCGCUGUAACGCUGUCAUCAAUGAGGACCCUAACAACCGAUUGGUCCGUGAGCUGAAAGAGGAGGUGUGUCGCCUGAGAGACCUCCUCCUAUCCCAGGGACUGGGAGACAUCCUCGAAAUGACGAAUGCCAUGACGGGGAUGAGCCCCUCCCCCUCUUUGUCCGCCCUGUCCAGUCGAGCCGGUUCUAUCGCCAGCCUCCACGACCGCAUCAUGAUCAGCCCUGGCAGCGAGCAGGCCAUCGAGAGACUCAAGGAAACAGAGAAAAUCAUCGCAGAGCUCAAUGAGACCUGGGAGGAGAAACUUCGCAGAACCGAAGCCAUCAGAAUGGAAAGAGAGGCGCUGCUGGCUGAGAUGGGUGUGGCCAUGAGGGAAGAUGGAGGAACUGUGGGAGUUUUCUCCCCCAAGAAGACUCCUCACCUGGUGAACCUUAACGAGGACCCCCUGAUGUCAGAGUGUCUGCUGUACUACAUCAAAGAUGGCAUCACCAGGGUCGGUCGCGUGGACGCCAGCAGCAGACAGGACAUUGUGCUCAGUGGUCACUUCAUCAAGGACGAACACGGCACCUUCACGUCUACCACGGGACCCAUGGGAGAAAUAGCGGUCACUCUGGAGCCCUGUGAGGGAGCUGAGACCUACGUCAACGGGAAGAGGGUCACAGAGGCUACAGUCCUCAAAUCAGGGAACCGCAUUAUCCUGGGUAAGAGCCACGUGUUCCGGUUCAACCACCCAGAGCAGGCGCGCCAGGAGCGGGAGAGGACGCCCUGCGCUGAGACCCCCGUGGAGCCGAUGGACUGGGCCUUCGCACAGAGAGAACUGUUGGACAAACAGGGCAUCGACAUGAAGCAGGAGAUGGACCAGAGGCUUCAGGAGUUGGAAGACCAGUAUCGUAAAGAGAGGGAGGAAACCCAUAUCCUUCUAGAGCAGCAGAGGCUGGAUUAUGAGAGCAAGCUGGAAGCCCUUCAGAAACAGGUGGACCGUUAUUACCCUGAGGUAAUAGGAGAGGAAGAGGAGGAGCCUGAGGAGGAAGUUCUGUGGACAGAGAGGGAGACGGAGCUGGCCCUGUGGGGUUUCAGGAAGUGGUGCUGUUACCAGUUCACUUCCCUUAGAGACCAGCUGUGGGGAAACGCCAUCUUCCUCAAGGAGGCUAACGCCAUCAGCGUGGAACUCAAGAAGAAGGUCCAGUUCCAGUUUGUGCUGCUGACCGACACCCUGUACUCCCCCCUGCCCACUGACCUGCUGCCCCCUGAGGCAGCCAAGGACAGAGCGACCCGCCCGUUCCCCAGGACCAUCGUAGCUGUGGAGGUUCAGGACCAGAAGAAUGGGGCCACCCACUGCUGGACCCUGGAGAAGCUCAGGCAGCGCCUGGACCUGAUGAGAGAGAUGUAUGACAGAGCAGCGGAGGUUCCCAGCAGCACCAUAGAAGACUGUGAGAACGUCAUGACUGGAGGAGACCCCUUCUACGACCGCUUCCCCUGGUUCCGUCUGGUCGGCAGCAACCCCCUUUUCAACGCGUGCAUGAGCGAGCGCAUGAGUGAUCCCACUCCCUCCCCCACUCCUUCCACCACCCUCUCCACCUCCGAGCAAACGGAGCUGGCCGACGCUCGUCCGGAGGGACGAGGAAGGGAGGAGGAUGAGUUGGAUGCUUUGCAGGAUCUGAACGAUGAUAUAUUUUUGGACGAUCCGUGCUCGGAGCUCGGGGAUGAUGAUGAUGAUGAUGAUGAGGGAGAGGCGUGCCGAGGCGGCUCCAGCGAAAGCCUGGAUCCCUUUUAUGACCGCUCUCCGUUAUUCAGUGUAGUGGGAAGAGCCUUUGUGUACCUGAGUAACCUGCUGUACCCUGUGUCCCUGGUCCAUCGCGUGGCCAUCGUCAGUGAGAAGGGAGAGGUUAAAGGAUUCCUCAGGGUGGCUGUACAGGCGAUCUCAGCCGAUGAGGAGGCUCCUGACUACGGAUCCGGUGUCCGUCAGUCUGGCACCGCCAAGAUCUCCUUCGAGGACCGGGAGUUUGAGAAGUUCCAGGCUGAGUCGUGCCCCGCUGGUCUGUCCCAUACUGGGGCGUCCCAGGAGGAGCUGCGUUUCGUGGAGGGGGAGGGACAGAACUCAGAGACGGGACCCUCAGCCGAUGAAGUCAACAACAAUACAUCCGGUCCAGAUGAGUUGGAGAGCCCCCUGAAGACCAACCUGGAGGGAGGAGCUCUGGACGGAACCCUGGAACACCUGAGGAUAGGUAACAUCCUCACCUUCAGAGUGACGGUCCUCCAGGCCUUCAGCAUCUCCGCAGAGUAUGCUGACAUCUUCUGCCAGUUCAAUUUCAUCCACCGCCACGAUGAGGCCUUUUCCACAGAGCCUCUGAAGAACACAGGGCGAGGUCCUCCUCUGGGCUUCUACCACGUACAAAACAUUGCUGUAGAGGUCACCAAAUCCUUUGUGGACUACGUCAAGACCCAGCCUGUGGUGUUUGAGGUGUUUGGUCACUACCAGAAACAGCCUGCUGUCUGCAAGGACCUCAUCAGCCCCCUGCGUCCCAACAGAAGGCAGUUCCCUCCAGUCAUGCCCCUGUCCAAACCAGUACCUGCCACCAAGCUGACUGCCCUGCUGCGCCCUACAGCCGGGCCCUGUCACUGCAAGUAUGACCUCAUGGUGUUCUUUGAGAUCUGUGAGCUGGAGGCCAGUGGAGACUACGUCCCAGCAGGAGUGGACCAUAGAGGAGGCAUGCCUUGCCAUGGGACGUUCAUGCUGCACCAGGGUAUUCAGAGGAGAAUAACUGUGACAAUCGUUCAUGAGACAGGUGAAGACAUCGUGUGGAAAGAUGUCCAGGAGCUGGUUGUGGGGCGUAUAAGUAACUCUCCCGAGGGGGACGAUACCAUCAUAGACCCCAACAUCCUCUCUCUCAACAUCCUGUCAGCUGGGUAUGUCAGACCCAUGCAAGACGACAGCGUCUCCUUGGGUAUAGACCAUAGGACAUUCUAUCGCUUCGAGGCAGCCUGGGACAGCGCCAUGCAUAACUCCCUCCUACUGAACCGGGUCACUCCUUAUGGAGAGAAGAUCUACAUGACCUUAUCGGCCUACCUAGAGAUGGAGAACUGCACUCAGCCCACAGUCAUAACCAAAGAUUUCUGCAUGGUGUUCUACUCUCGAGACGUUAAACUCCCGACCUCCCGCUCCAUCCGAAACCUGUUUGGCACCGGAAGCCUGAGGACAACAGAGGGUAAUCGAGUGACAGGUGUGUACGAGGUCAGCUUGUGUCACCUGGCGGAUCAUGGGAGCCCAGGAAUGCAGAGGAGACGUCGGCGGGUGCUGGACACCUCGGUGGCGUACGUCCGCGGGGAGGAGAACCUGGCUGGGUGGAGGCCACGCAGUGACAGCCUCAUCCUGGACCACCAGUGGGAACUGGAGAAACUCAGCCUCCUGCAGGAGGUGGAGAAGACGAGACACUACCUGCUCCUGAGGGAGAAGCUAGAGUCCACCCUGCUGCUGGGUCAGGAAGAGUUGCUAUCCUGUGUGUCUGUGGAGCAGAGUGAGUCCCCUCAGCCCUCCGAGGGCCACGCCCACGACCUCCGUCUCAGCCCCAAAGCCGACGCCCCCAACGAGAGGCAGAGGGAGCUAGUCGCUAAGUGUCUUCGGCUGCUCGCCCACUCCUUCAACAGAGAGUACAGCCACGUGUGUGUCAGCGCCAGUGAAAGCAAGCUGUCUGAGAUGUCAGUGACUCUGCUGAGGGAGUCGACCUCUGCCACGGCCCUCAACACCCUCACCCCCUCCUCGACGUGCCCCUCACUGGUGGAGGGAUGCUACCCCAAGACUGCAACACUCAGAGCCACCAAGCUUCGCUCCUGCUGUGCCGGCCCCAACCCUGACUGCUCACAGCGGGAUGGAGAGGUGAAGAAGUCCCCUGGUGGGGUUGCCGCCCCGGAGGUUAAACCCAGGGCGCGCCGUUUUGUACCAGACAUCCAAGAGAUUCGGGUCAGCCCCAUCGUGUCAAAGAAGGGCUACCUGCAUUUCCUGGAGCCUCAUACCAACGGCUGGGUGAGGCGCUAUGUGGUGGUGAGACGUCCGUACGUCUAUAUCUACAAUACAGAGAGAGACAGCGUGGAGAGAGCCAUCCUCAACCUCUCCUCUGCCCAUGUAAAGUACAGCGAGGACCAGCAGGCCAUGCUCAAGACUCCAAACACGUUUGCUGUGUGUACAGAGCAUCGCGGUAUACUGCUCCAAGCCAGCAACGACAAGGAGAUGCACGACUGGCUCUAUGCUUUUAACCCUCUGCUGGCUGGAUCUAUCAGAUCAAAGCUCUCCAGAAGGAGAGGAAGGAUGUGAAACAAACAAUCGAACAACAACACGUCUUUAUAAAGAAGAUAGGAAACAUUAGAACGCAAAGAGACUAACCUGUAUAUAAAUCCCUGAUUACUCCUAUGCUUAUCCCACCUCCCCGCCUUCCAUCCUACACUAGUAACCUGCUCUUCUUCCUUCUGCACACGCUCACUUUAUCACAAGCUGACCACCUGUGUAUCUGAGGCCUCCAUCAUCGUUGUGUGUCUGUCAGGCCUGUACUGCUGUCUGUCUGUGUAGGAUUUAUCAUCUGGUUAACCCCUCUCCAAGGGUGUGACCGAAAUGGCACCCUAUUCCCUAUAUAGUGCACUAGUUUUGACCCAAAUGGCACCCUAUUCCCUAUAUAGUGCACUAGUUUUGACCCAAAUGGCACCCUAUUCCCUAUAUAGUGUGCUGCGUUUGACCAGGACCCAUAGGGCUGGUCAUAACUACUGUAUGAAUAACCCAUAGGGCUCUGGUCAAAACUAGUGCACUAUAUAGGGAAUAGGGUGCCAUUUGGGUCAACACUAGUGCAUUAUAUAGGGAAUAGGGUACCAUAUGGGUCAAAACUAGUGCACUAUAUAGGGUACCAUAUGGGUCAAAACUAGUGCAUUAUAUAGGGAAUAGGGUACCAUAUGGGUCAAAACUAGUGCAUUAUAUAGGGUACCAUAUGGGUCAAAACUAGUGCAUUAUAUAGGGUACCAUAUGGGUCAAAACUAGUGCAUUAUAUAGGGUACCAUAUGGGUCAAAACUAGUGCACUAUAUAGGGUACCAUAUGGGUCAAAACUAGUGCAUUAUAUAGGGAAUAGGGUACCAUAUGGGUCAAAACUAGUGCACUAUAUAGGGAAUAGGGUAACAUAUGGGUCAAAACUAGUGCAUUAUAUAGGGUACAAUAUGGGUCAAAACUAGUGCAUUAUAUAGGGUACCAUAUGGGUCAAAACUAGUGCACUAUAUAGGGUACCAUAUGGAUCAAAACUAGUGCAUUAUAUAGGGUACCAUAUGGGUCAAAACUAGUGCACUAUAUAGGGAAUAGGGUAACAUAUGGGUCAAAACUAGUGCAUUAUAUAGGGUACCAUAUGGGUCAAAACUAGUGCACUAUAUAGGGAAUAGGGUACCAUAUGGGUCAAAACUAGUGCACUAUAUAGGGUACCAUAUGGAUCAAAACUAGUGCAUUAUAUAGGGUACCAUAUGGGUCAAAACUAGUGCAUUAUAUAGGGUACCAUAUGGGUCAAAACUAGUGCACUAUAUAGGGAAUAGGGUAACAUAUGGGUCAAAACUAGUGCACUAUAUAGGGAAUAGGGUAACAUAUGGGUCAAAACUAUUGCAUUAUAUAGGGUACCAUAUGGGUCAAAACUAGUGCAUUAUAUAGGGUACCAUAUGGGUCAAAACUAGUGCAUUAUAUAGGGAAUAGGGUACCAUAUGGGUCAAAACUAGUGCAUUAUAUAGGGUACCAUAUGGGUCAAAACUAGUGCAUUAUAUAGGGUACCAUAUGGGUCAAAACUAGUGCAUUAUAUAGGGAAUAGGGUACCAUAUGGGUCAAAACUAGUGCAUUAUAUAGGGAAUAGGGUACCAUAUGGGUCAAAACUAGUGCAUUAUAUAGGGAAUAGGGUACCAUAUGGGUCAAAACUAGUGCAUUAUAUAGGGAAUAGGGUACCAUAUGGGUCAAAACUAGUGCAUUAUAUAGGGUACCAUAUGGGUCAAAACUAGUGCAUUAUAUAGGGUACCAUAUGGAUCAAAACUAGUGCACUAUAUAGGGAAUAGGGUACCAUAUGGGUCAAAACUAGUGCACUAUAUAGGGAAUAGGGUAACAUAUGGGUCAAAACUAGUGCAUUAUAUAGGGUACCAUAUGGAUCAAAACUAGUGCAUUAUAUAGGGUACCAUAUGGGUCAAAACUAGUGCACUAUAUAGGGAAUAGGGUACCAUAUGGGUCAAAACUAGUGCAUUAUAUAGGGUUAAAUAAGUUAAAUAAAGGUAAAAUAAAAAAUAAAAUACUCAUACAAUGUUAAACAACAACAGGUUCGUAUUCAUAGUAAACACAUUUUCACCAAACUAGGGUUUCGGCAGUUCUGCUAAAAUAUACAAGGCAUAAAAAAAUAACAAUUUUAUGAGGCAAGUCAGUUAAGAACAAAUUCUUAUUUUCAAUGGCGGCCUAGGAACAGUGGGUCAACUGCCUGUUCAGGGGCAGAACGACAGAUUUGUACCUUAUCAGCUCGGGGAUUUGAACUUGCAACCUUUCGGUUACUAGUCCAACGCUCUAACCACUAGGCUACCCUGCCGCCCCAAUAACAAUUGACAGUUGUUAAGUUUAAUGUAACUCUUCUGUUUACCUUUCUCUUUCUUUACCAUACCAGCUAGGCUCUGUUAGGCAGGACCGAGUAACUCCUUCUGAGUCUUGACAUAAUGUAAUCUCCAUGUUCCUCCUUGAUAAGUCCUGAGAUGUCAACACACACACUUUACAUCCCACGUGGCACCCUAUUCCCUACAUAGUGCGCUACUUUUGAUCAGGACCCUAUGGGCUCUCGUCAAUAGUAGUGCGUUGUAAAAGGAAUAGGGUGCCAUGGGAGGAUGCACCUACAGCUACAAGAGAGAAGGCUUGGCAUUGAUCAAGUGAUCACAUGUUCCCGCUGGUGUUCUGAUAAAACCACUUCCCAAAGUAGCUGUGAAGGAAUCUACAGUAACUAUGAAGGUAUCUACAGUAGCUCUGAAGGUAUCUACAGUAACUGUGUAGGUAUUUUAAGUAACUAUGAAGGUAUCUACAGUAACUCUGAAGGUAUCUACUGUAACUGUGUAGGUAUUUUAAGUAACUAUGAAGGUAUCUACAGUAGCUGUGAAGGUAUCUACAGUAGCUGUGAAUGUAUCUACAGUAGCUAUGAAGGUAUCUACAGUAACUGUGUAGGUAUUUUAAGUAACUAUGAAGGUAUCUACAGUAACUCUGAAGGUAUCUACUGUAACUGUGUAGGUAUUUUAAGUAACUAUGAAGGUAUCUACAGUAGCUGUGAAGGUAUCUACAGUAGCUGUGAAUGUAUCUACAGUAGCUAUGAAGGUAUCUACAGUAGCUAUGAUGGUAUCUACAGUAGCUAUGAAGGUAUCUACAGUAGCUAUGAAGGUAUCUGCAGUAGCUAUGAUGGUAUCUACAGUAGCCUUGAAGGUAUCUACAGUAACUAUGAAGGUAUUUACAAUAACUAUGAAGGCAUCUACAGUAGCUAUGAAGGCAUCUACAGUAGCUAUGAAGGCAUCAACAGUAACUAUGAAGGUAUCUAUGGUAGCUCUCAAGGUAACGACAGUAACUGUGAAGGCAUCUACAGUAACUAUGAAGGUAUCUACAGUAACUAUGAAGGCAUCUAAAGUACCUAUGAAGGUAACUACAGUAACUAUGAAGGCAUCAACAGUAACUAUGAAGGUAUCUAUGGUAGCUAUAAAGGUACCUACAGUAGCUACAUCCUCCCAAAUUUAACCUUGAUUCAUCUCUAAAGUCUAAUGAUUUUUCUUUGUAUUAAUAUGGGAUAUAUUUAAAUAUUUAACAACAUGAC